AUGGAUAAGGUGGUGAAACUUGCAUCAGAAAACGGGAUAUUGAUCUUCAGCAAAAGCACGUGUUGCCUUUGCUACGCGGUCCAAAUCUUAUUUCAAGAACUCGGAGCAAAUGCUCGUAUUUACGAGGUCGACCGCGACCCGGACGGCACGGAAAUCGAGAAGGCACUCGCGAGAAUGGGCUGUAACGGGCCGCUGCCAGCUGUCUUUAUAGGCGGGAAUCUGGUGGGGUCCACCAAUGAGAUCAUGUCCCUACACCUCAGUGGAUCACUCAUUUCCAUGCUCAAGCCAUUUCACCAGCCAAAUUAA